UAUUCCUUUUGUAAGAUGGCGGUGUAAGCGCACGGCCUGCUGCAGCUUCUGAGAUUCCCGCGAACAUCACUGCAGACAUUUGAUAUUGUGCGUUUGGCGCGAACGGCUGGCGGGAAACUCUAUAAGCUAAAUGUCUGCAGUGUUUGUAUUUGACAGUUAAGUUGUGAUGGCCAAGCGUAUUGCAGAAAACGAGCUGACGGACAGAAACUGGGAUCAGGAAGAAGAAGGAGAAGAGGCUGGAAUGUUUUCGGUUGCAAGUGAAGAUGUGAUUAAAAAUCGUGCCAUCAAGAAGGCGAAGCGUCGUAACGCAGGCACAGAGGGAGAGAGUGGAGGGGCUUUUAAAGUGUUUAAGGGUUUCUCACUGACCCCAGCAGCAGCAGGGGCGACAUCAUUCUCUGGUUUUGGUAACGGAGCUGGAUUCAAACCUCUCUCCAGCAUGACCAACGGCAGCAUGGCAUCAGUUGCUCCAUUCGGGGGGUUUAACACUCCUACAUCUGCUAAGACCAACAGCGGUCCCUUAACAUUCAACAGCUCCACCCCCUCCAAACCCAAAGAUGCUGAUGUCACAUCUAAUGGCUCCGCCCCCAGCAGUAAAGAAUACAACCGCCAGCUCACCGCUCUCAACUGCUCCGUACGAGACUGGAUCACCAAGCACGUCAACGACAACCCCCUGUGUGACCUAAACCCCAUCUUUCGUGACUACGAGCGGCACCUGGCCAGCAUUGAGAGGAAAUAUGGCAGUGGCGGAUUAGAUGGAGGUGCAGAGAGCGUGUCGUUUUGGGGGGAGCAGAAACGGCUGGUGUCGAGCAGCACAGCAGCAAGUGUGACUGCAACCAUGUCUUGCAGCAGCGCAGCUACUCUGCUUUUCUCAUUUAAGGAUAAGGAUUGUGCCAAUGCAGAGAAACCAGCAGCAGCACAAGCACCAGGCGCAAUUCCUGCUGGCGUCUCCUUUAAUUUUGGGCAGAAGGUGGACAGCUCCAUUCUUGGCACACUGUCGACUAGUGGAGCUUCGUCUUUCUCUUCCUCAAGUGCAUCUUUGUUUGGAGCUGCAGUCAGUAGCAGCAGUUCUGCAGUGUCGUCUUCUCUUAAUGUGGCCAGCAACAGUCAGACUGCAGAUGAGAAUGGAGAAGAAUCAGACGAGCCGCCCGUCCCUGUGGUUAAAGAAAUCAAGGAGAAAGACGCCUUCUACUUUAAAAAGUGUAAGUUGUUUUAUAAGAAGGACAGUGAGUUUAAGGAGAAAGGAGUUGGUACGCUGCAUUUGAAGAUUGUGUCUGAGAAUAAACUACAGCUGUUAGUGCGAGCUGACACCAACCUGGGAAACAUCUUGCUGAACAUCAUGGUGCCAUCCUCCAUGCCCUGCUCACGAACUGGCAAAAACAACGUGAUGGUGGUGUGUGUGCCAAACCCUCCAGUGGACGAGAAGAACCCCAGCACACCUGUCCCAGUCCUCAUACGUGUCAAAACGGCAGAAGAUGCCGACGAACUGCAUCAAAUCCUGCAGGAGAAGAAAGCCUGAACUUUCUUCACCCGUCCUCAUGUCCAUGUGUUUGACAAUGAGACUUGAACAACCUGGUUACAUUACACACACCUUACUCUUGAGUUUACUCUCUCUAUUGCAUCUAAAAUGGCUCUUUUGCAUCAGCGUUAAUCACAUCUAUAAAAGUGACGGGAAGAUAUGUUCACAUACUGUGAAAUCACUCAUGGUCCUACUGUAACGCUCGUUUGAGUAGCGCACUUUUUUUACAUUUUUUUUUUUAGAAAGUCUAUCAGUGUAUUAUCACAC